CUUUAUGUUACUACAAACUGCAAGCUUUGGUGCUGACUACGCUUCACACAACUAACUACUUGGACCUGCGUUACAGGCUGUCGGUUUGGCUGGCGCAUUCUUCAAAACGAUAAGUCAAAACUAUAUAUAUACGGAUUGGAUGGCGCCAAGAACCUACGUCUCCAGAGAGUCCUUGACUUCGCUGCAAACUCAAUAUAACAUCUGCAAAGCCCACUCCUUCAUACAUCUUCAAUACAGCAUCACAUCAAUUUUCUAUAAAGUCUUUCCCAGAUCAACCGACCCACAAUCAUCUUCUUCGAUUAAUCUUUCUCCGUCUUCCAACACACCGCCAAAGAUGCUAGACAAAUGUAUACAGGAGCCAGGCACACUCAACAUUGACGUCAGAAAUAUAGAUUACUUGAACCAUAAGUUCUCAUACGAGUGCAAAGUCUGCAAAAUUGUGUACGAAGCCCACGGGUAACUGCUGACGAUGAUCCGCUGACCGCCACCGAGAACUGGACACUCGUAGAGGACUCUUCGGCUCCAGCCCCGUACUGAGUGGCCCCCACGCAUUUCCACCGACCCAGGGAUAUUUAUUGACCUACCAGUCUAGAUCCAUGGUGUUCUGCCCUUCCGCAAGUUUUGCCGAACCUAUAGGCCUAUACAAAUCCAAAUGUGUCACUGCUUUCCUCGUAGGUAUUCAUGUUAUCUAUAUACAUAAAAUAUUCCA